AUGAACACCACUGAAUUAGAGCAUAUCCGCGGGGUUUGGGAGCGAACCAAACAUGAAAGCCCCAUCUACCGCCUUCUUCUCUCUGAUGUCGAUAUCAUCAAUGCCACUCGUGGUCAGAUGCAAGCCAGACUUAAGCUUACUGCGGAACACGUCAAUUCCCGGGGUACCAUUCACGGCGCGGUCUCGGCAGCCAUCAUCGAUUGGGCCGGGGGCAUGUCGAUAGCCACGCAUGGAUAUGAGAGAACAGGCGCUAGCAUCGAUAUCCAUGUCACAUAUCUGUCAACUGCAACCGUCGGGGAUACACUGGACAUUUCUGGUGUUGCCGAUCGAGUAGGAAAAUCAAUGGCCUUCACCACCGUCAGAAUCGCCCGAGUCGUUGACGAUGAAAUCGGCCCCUUGGUCUCGAAGGGUUCCCACACCAAGUUCCUGCCUGUAUCCAAGGAAAACCGUGCGCCUAAGAGUGAAACUACGCCCUGA